CUCGGGGCGCACGUCAGCCGUGCCGCGUCACAAUAACCAUCUUUUCUGUGUUUUGGCCGCGAAUUAUGCCGUCUGAUAAUCCUACUAUGGCGUCUAAUAAACCUACUAAUCCGUUCAAAAGAUACUGCUGUGUCAACGGGUGUGUAGCUAAAAGGAAAAACAAGGAUUAUUCAAUGUCAUUCUUCAAAAUACCGGACGAUCCUGAAAGACGUCGAGAAUGGCUAGCAGCAAUCGACAGAGAAGAUUUACUUGAUGAAAAAAAGUCAAAAAGGAAGUUUAGAAAUUACUUUGUAUGCUCUGAACAUUUUGAGGAAUCUGCAAUUGUAACUACAAUUUCUAAGCGAAUUACACAAGACGCAGUCCCCGUAAAAUCUUUACCUUAUAAGAAUCGCACCGAUACUCAACCAGAGGCUUGUGGUUCAAAACGAGCUCGACUAAAGACAUCCAAGGACCUUUCAUCCACAGUCAUAAAGACAGUUAAUAAUAUGUCGGUAGCCAGUUACAGUCAUGCUCAAACACAAACAGAAAUCCGAGCAGAAGAGCACAUAGUGCUAUACGAAACAGAUGAAGAUGAGAGUGACAAACCAAAUAUAGACGAAAACGAAACAAAACGUGAUAUUGCCGAGCCAAAUAUAGGCGAAAAAGAAACAAAGCGUAAUAUUGCCGAGCCAAAUAUAGGCGAAAAAGAAAUAAAAUGUGAGAUUGCCGAACCAAGUAUAAACCUAAAAGAAAGUGACAUUGACGAACCAAAUACAGAUGAAGAAUACGACGCUGAUAUAAAAAUUGAGAUUUGCGAACCAGAUAUAGAAGAUUUAUUAAAUGAGUUGAAAAAACAAACCAGCAAUGUCAUCUGAAACUAUACCAACUACUACAUCAAUAUCAAUGCAAACAGAUUUAAAUGAAACUUCAGACAAAAUUACACCAAUUAAUAACUAGUCUGAUUAUUAUCUGAUUAAUUUCACCCCCGAUACGAAUCAGCACAAAGGCGCUGAAAUUUCUAAUUAGUUCUACUAUAAUCUGUACAAUUUUUUCUUAAAAUAAAUAACCUGCCGUGUAGUCUCUUAGACUACAAUUUGCGCGUUCCGCGCGUCGAAGCGCGUGCAACCGACGGCCAAACCCUCAGAUCAUUCUAUGAUCUGAGGCCAAACCUCACUCAGUAGGUACAAUAGGACAGUUUGACUGCAUACUACCUACGGAACGUGUUAUUUUUACAGCUUGUACCUAAAUCUUGUGUAUCCACGUCCAAUCUUCCGCUUAUUAUGUCAAAUAAGAUAUAAUAAUGUCAGGUUCCGGUAGGAAAAAACUUCUAUUAUCGUAAUCGAGUAGUAGGUACCUACCUAUGUAGUUUCUACGUGGCGUUUUUUGGAAAAGACCAUAAAUGUGAUUUUUUAUUGUACUUAGUACAUAUUUAGUAGUAAUAGGUACUAAGGUCUAAGUUAGUACCUAUUAAUUACUGUCCUUUUUAUAUCUCAAACAUUCAAUUAGUCUGUAAGUUACUAUUUAUAAUAAAACGAUAUUCAUUAAA